CAUAAAAAUAAUUUGUAAUAUAUAUUAUACUUAAUUUGAUCUUUAUAUACUCGUCGAACUUACGACAUAUAUUUAUAAUUUAAUCUUUAUCGUAAUGAGUUCAUUUCAAAGUUCAAAAAAUCAGUAUUGGCAGCUUAGCAGAAGACAGCGAACACAAAUUGUUCCAUUUUUAUCAUCAUCACUUGGAGAAACUGUAAAACAUAUUACAUUGAAAAAUUUAUAUCGUAAUUAUAUUGAUGACGCCUACAGCGGCAUUAGCAAUAUUUUUGUAGCGUCUUUUGUACUAAACCUUCUACAGAAAGAAUUCGUUGAGCAAUUUUAUUUUAAAAAAGGAAACGGAGGAGGUUUUGCGGUUGUGCCAGGAAUAAGGGAAUUGUAUAUAAAAAUACUUCUAUUGGCGAAUACGAAAGAAACAAUAGCAUUUUAUUUAUCGAUAAUAAAUAUUUUUGGAUGAUUGACAACUUCGAAUGAAUUAAUUCGAAAUAAAAAGAAUUAUAGCGUUAAGUAUCUUUCAAGGAAACUUGAACAGUUACUAGUUGAACUUCAUAAAAAACGCUUAAAGCGAAAAAGACACAAAUGAUAAAAAAUGUUAUUGAUGUAAUUGACAAAUAAAUGUAUGGAGUUAAUGUGGACUUUCUCUAAAUAAAAUUUGAAAUUACGUGUGUUCACUUAUGAACUGUUUUUGGAAGAAACGAUUAUCGUGUACAUUGCAUAAAAAUGGUGGAACAACAGGUCUUUUUCGAUUUAUUACUUUGUGUUGAGCAGUUCAACGAUGCUAUCAAAUUUGUUGAAAAGAAAAGCUAUGGAUUUAAUUCAACAGGAUUACAAAGCUGACAUUUCCUGAGUUUUACCUCUUACAACAUUAGAAUAUGCUGCAAAAUAAAGAGAUAUAAUUUAGAAAACACCUGAUUAGAAAAGCAACGCGAGAAUAUAUUGAUAAAAGUGAAUUAAAUAAUAGUUAUAUUAUAGUUCGUACUAAUUAGUUACUAAAGCUGUAGUUUUAUUUGUUAUCUUAAUAACAUCGAAGUGUAUAUUAUACAUAUAUGCUAAAUAUAUUUGAAUUGAAAAAGAUUGCGCUAAACAAAUGUGCAAAUUUCUAAAGUAAUGGAACUAGAUGAAGCAGUGUCCGAACACUUAAAUAAACUAAAACCAAUUGAAUUGUUGAAGUUUAGUAACCAAAAUAAUAAUUACGAACUACCAAAGGAAAACUGCACUUCACUGCAGGAUAAAGCUUUGAAAAUUGCAACAAAUAUGAAUACUAACAGUAUUGACCAGCGGCCAUUACAAAAUGACAACAAAGAUCUUGGUAAUACAACCUUGGAUACAAAAUUAUCCAAUAUAGAUCAAUAUUUUCAAAAUAACAAAAAUAGUAUUGCAAAACUAAACUGGUGGAAUACACCUACGCAGCCGAUAUCACUGAAUGAUACUAUAACUACUGCAGUGGUGAACAAAUUUUCUAAUAAUAACAAGCAGUUCGUUUCAAUAACUCCACAUCAUAUACAUAUAUCAACUGCAGCUCAGUGUAAUAUAUCACCUACUCAAAAUGAUUUGUAUCAUAACAAAGUCAUACCCAGCCAUCAAACAUCUCCAAAAAUAGGGAAGGGUCAAAGGCAAUCGACAAUUUCUGAACACUGUGAUAUAUUACAUAAUUUACAAGUAAAUGAAGAAGAAAACACUUCACACAACUCUCAACUGCUGGUUAAAGAUUCUAAACCAUGCGUAGGUUUACUAAAUCAAGGUGAGGAAGAUGAAAUGCAAGUGACAGGUUACCGUAAAUCUAAUAGCCGAAUGUUUCUAUGUUGGCUAUGUAUAUGCAUGACUGGCGGAUUACUGCGCUUAAUACUGCAUUGGUGGCGGCAUUGGUAUUUAAUUGCUACACAUGUGCAGUGUCCUUUAGAUGAGGCUGAAAAGGUUCUAAUACAGGAAGACUAUAAGGGCAAACACAAAAUUUAUUAUGUGAAGACAGUAAAAAACUUUAGUGCCGAGUCAGUAUGUGAUCAAAGUGGUGGAUAUCAUUCAAAAGUCUUAAAAAGCGCAUUGCACAUAAGAGAUGAUAGCGACGACAAAAAUGGUCAACUUUCAGUACAUUUUUCAGGCGGUCAAUUUAAAAAAAGUAAAAAUAUACGUCUAUUCCUUUGUAAACAAUUACGAUAUGUUUGGGACUCACAGACGUACUCUUAUAAAAAAUUAAAAGGACUUGAUGUGAAUAUGACAAGUGUUUACUUUCAUCAACAAAAAGGAUUAUCAGCGCAGGAGCAAAAUUCCAGAAGAAUUGUUUACGGAGUGAAUGAAAUAAGUGUCCCUUACAAGGAUAUUAAAACAUUAUUAUUUUUGGAAGUUCUUAAUCCUUUUUACGUUUUUCAAAUAUUCUCGGUAAUAUUAUGGUUUACGUACGAUUACUUUUAUUAUGCGUGUGUCAUUGUUUUAAUGUCAGUAUUUGGGAUAUCAAUGUCUAUUAUGCAAAUGAAGAAAAAUCAAGAUAGGUUACGAGAAACAGUACAAAAUACUGGAACUGCAUUAGUGGUGUCACAAACAGGUGUCGUUAAGGACUUGCCUACGCAGAGUCUGGUGCCUGGUGAUAUUAUUGAAAUACCAACAGCUGGUUGUACUAUGCAAUGCGAUGCUGUGCUGUUGUCUGGCAAUUGUAUACUUGAUGAGUCCAUGUUAACUGGUAAAUAA